AUGUCUCCGGCUGCGGCGGCGGCGGCGGCCGGGGCUGGGAUCGGGACCGGGAUCGGUGCCGGGGCCGAGCGGAACGAGCGGCGGCGGCGGGCCGCGGCGUCCGGGGGUUCCCGGGGCGCCUGGGUGCGGACCCGGCCGGGCGGCGCGGCGGCGCUGCUGGGCCUGUCGCUGCUGGGCCUCGUGCUGUACCUGGUGCCGGCGGCGGCGGCGCUGGCCUGGCUGGGCGUAGGGGCCGCCGCGGCCUGGUGGGGCCUGAGCCCCCGGGAGCCGUCCCGGGGCCCGCGCUACGGCCCGCCGCUCUCCUCCGCCUCCCAGCCGCGGGCCCGCCGCCCGCCGCCGCCCGCCAAGGCCGCGGUGAACGGGGCCCCGCUGCAGCCGCCGUCCCGGGGCCCCGGGCCCGCCGGGCAGCCGCUGCUCAUGGGCGGUUAUCUGGGCAAGCCGGGCCCGCCGGAGCCCCCGCGGCGGGAGCGGCCGCCCCAGGCGCCUUCGCCGCAGCUGCUGAGCCCGGUCCGCAGGCUCCACCUCAGGGACCACCCGACUACUCCAUACCGAUUCUCAUUAGCUCCACGGAGGAGAUAUCCAGUUCAGCAGGCACAGUACUCUGCACUAGGGACCCUUCCCACAGUGUGCUGGGAAGGCUACCAGAGGAAAAACGUGCUCUCUGCCCGAAACUCCCACAUGGUAUCAAGCCCCGUAACUGUAAGGAUCGCUCGCCCUGAUCUAUCGCGUUCCCCCCUGGAGCAGGUCGUGAAUUCAGCCAUGCCCUCACCAUCCAGUAAUGUCCCAGAUCCAUGUGCAAAGGAGACUGUGAUGAACGCACUCAAAGAGAGUCGGAAAAGGGCAGUGGAGGAGGAGGAUCAGAUCUUCUGUGAUGCCCAGGAAAACAAGCGAAGGCGCCACGACAGUAGUGGGAGUGGACACUCAGCAUUUGAACCUCUGGUCGCAAAUGGAGCCCCAGCAUCUCUUGUUCCCAAGCCUGGAUCUCUGAAGAGAAGCCUCACUUCCCAGUGCACAGAGGACAACUUGAAUAAGAGGUCCCGUACCUCUUCCACCAGCUCUCUGACCAACACCUCCCCAGGGGGCAUCCCCAGCUCUAUCCGCAAUGCCAUCACCAGCUCCUAUAGCUCCACCAGGGGUUUCUCACAGUUGUGGAAGAGGAGUGGCCCUAGUACCUCUCCCCUCUCCAGCCCUGCCUCAUCUCGCUCCCAGACCCCGGAGAGGCCUAUGAAAAAAGCACGGGAAGAGGAGUUCCAUCAGUCUAGCUGUUUGACCCCCAUGACCUCAGACAAGGAAUCUCAGGCUGAGAAGGUGACAGAUACCCCCACAUGGAAGAAACAGAGCUCCUGGAGCACCCCAACCACCUCUGGGAGUGCUGGGAAGCGCAAACGCAAAGUUCAGUUGUUGGCUUCUCGGCGAGGGGACCAGCUCACCCUGCCUCCACCUCCCCAGCUCGGUUACUCGAUCACUGCUGAAGACCUAGACUUAGAAAAGAAGGCUGCAUUGCAGUGGUUUAAUAAAGUCUUGGAGGAGAAGACAGAUUCACCUUCCGUUUCUGUCGCAGAGACCUCCCCCGCCCCUCGACCUCUUUCCUUUGCAUUACCAUCCCCAGAGACAACUUCCUCACCAGCUGCUCCUCCAGCUUCCAGUGCCAACCCUCUGCUGGACAGUCUGAAGAAGAUGCAAAAUUCCCCGAGCCCACCAGCCCUUACAGACCCAGUUGCAGCGGCCAGUGCUGUGGCGCCUUCCCCGCUGAAGCCAGCCAGCCCACCUGCUGCCACAGGGCCCGCAGAGCCAGGGCCCCCCGCUGCCAGCUCUUCGUCCUCCAAGCCCAUCCCAACUUUCUCCUUGUUGACCUCUUCAGCCGCCCUCACUGUCACUACCGCCAGCCAGGCCUCCCCAGCGCCUGUGUCGGACAGUUCUACCAAGCCUCUCCCCACCACUUCCCCCAAACCAAGCAUUCUCUUUGGAAUGCUGAGUACCCCGCCUCUAACUUCCAUGGCUCCCACUACUUCCACAGCUCCCGCUGCUCCUGCUCCCGUGGUGACUCCCGCGGCUACUCCCGUGGCUGCUCCUGUGGCUACUUCGGCUCCUCCUCCUGCCACUCCCAUGUUCAAACCCAUUUUUGGGGUUCCCCCUAAAAUGGAGAGUGGGGCUUCUUCGCCAGCUGCCCCCUCUGCCACAACUCCUAUGUCGUGUGGCUCUGUCCUUCCCACAGCCCCCAGCACCUCUACCACAACCUUUAAGCCCAUCUUCGGUAGCAUGGGCCCCCCCACAUCUGUGCCCUUAGCCUCAGCAUCCCCUUUCUUGAAGCAACCCUCUUCUGUAGCCCCCACCACAGCCGUUACCAGCUCUGUCUUGGCGCCCCUAUUUAGUGGCCUCCCCAGUGUCCAGCCCACUGCGGCCCCUGCCACAGCCACCACAGCCACCUCCAGCAGGACCACCGACUCAGGCUCCAAGCCCACCUUUGGCUUUGGGCUGAGCAGCUUGGCCAGUACCACGGCCAGUGCCCCUGCAGCCACCACUAGCACCACCACCACCACCCCCUCCCCAGCACAGCCUUUCCUCUUUGGGGCUGCACCUGCCUCUGGCGCCAGCUUCACCCCGUCUACUGGCUCCAUGUUCCAGUUUAACAAACCUGCUGCCACCGUCACUACCACCACCACUGUGGCAACACCCGCCACAACAUUCGGUGCCACGCAGACGGCCCCCAGCAGCACUGCUGGCUUUGGAUUUGGUGGGACUGUCACCACGGCAGCCCCACCAACUACCAGCCAAGCGACGUUGACAUUCGGCCCCACCACUACCACCACUGCUGCAUUCAGCACCCCCUUUGGCUCCAGUGUCAAGACGAUGCCCCCCCCAGCCUACCCGGGAGCUGCCCCUCAGCCCACCUUUGGGACUGCUGAUGGGCAGCAACAGCAGCAGGGGGCCAGCAAAGCAGGCCCCUUAACAAGCUUUAGUAGCACAUUCACCUUUGGGGGCUCGGCAGCCUCAAGCCCAGCCCUUCCCCAGCCCACCUUUGGCAGUGCUACUCAGCCAGCCUUUGGCGGGGCAAAACCCCCCACCUCCUUUGGCACCCCUGCCAGCACACAGCCAGCCUUUGGCAGCACCAACACAGUCUUCUCUUUUGGCACAACCACCUCCUCCAGCUUUGGGGCGACCACGCAGACCACCAGCAGUGGCACCAGCGGCUCCAUGUUUAGCAGCAUGACCCUGGCCCCCUUCACGUUUGGGAGCUCCACGCCUGCGGCCAGCAGUGGGGGUUUUGGGGCCAGCACCGCUGUCCCUGGAACCAGCUCGAGCACUGCAGCGUUCAGCUUUGGAGCAAGCCAGAGUGGGGCCACCAGUGCCACUGCCCCCUUUGGGGGUACCUUAAACCAGAACCCCCUGGGUGCCCCAAGUCAGAGCACACCCUUUGCCUUCAGUGUGGCCAACACCACCGAAAACAAGCCUGUUUUUGGAGGUGCAAGCUCAGUGGGCAGUAGCCUUUCCUUUGGGACCCCAACCACGCCAGCCCAGGGCUUUGUGGGAGCAGGGCCAUCUUUUGGACCAUCGACCCCUUCGUUUUCCAUUGGUGCAGGAUCCAAGACUCCUGGGGCCAGGCAGCGACUGCAGGCCCGGAGACAGCAUACCCGAAAGAAAUAACCUGUCCUGCCCCCUCCCUCCAGACCCUUUCCUUCCUUUCUUCCCCCUCCCACCUCCCCCCUUGGCUCCUGCUGUGAAGAGCCUCAUCCCUGUCCCUGUUUUUGUACAGCAAGCCCACCCCAGCCCCACCCCCCACUUCUCUAGCAGCAGCUGCCAAGAAGGCGACUGCCCUGGAUGUGGCAGGGUGGAAACAAACCCUUUUUACUUGAACACUUCCACUGCUGAAACUGGAGAAACUUGUGUACAUAUCGUCAGCCUGGCCUUGCCUUUCCUGACUCGUCUCCUUAUUGUGUGUGUGUCUGUCAGCUUGGCCAAGGAACCCCUUUUCUGCGUCCUGCCCGGCCUCUGGAGGGGCCUCCCAGCCAGCCACGUGCAGCCACCAGUCCUGGGUCCGGGGAGGGCUCGGCCCUGAGCCUCCCAGCUCUCCUCCUGUUCCACGUGGCUGCAAGGGUAGGCUUCUUGCUUCUUUUGCCUUGGGUCUCGAUUCCUGCUCCUUAGACUUUGUCCCCCGAGGAAGCAUUCCUUUUCAUAGUGUUGGUCUGGCGUGGGUUUUGCCUUGGGAAAGACUCCAGGAAUGGGGAGAAGCCUCCGUGAAGGCUACUCCUGCGUGCGGUCCUUUUUCCUUCCCCUGGAGAGAGCGAGUCUUCCCUUUGUGAGUAUAGCCCUUAAGACCUCAGGGCUUGCAGUUAGCCAACAGAAGAGGAAAGCAGUUUUUCCUUGGAGCCCCUGUCCUCCGGUAAGGGAGCAGGACAGAUUCCGCACCGCUGCUCUUGGCUUCUCUCCCUCUCCUCCCCAGUACUUUCUGUUUUCUGGGUUUGUAUAAAGCCGUGUCCUGUCAGUGUUGCUCUGUCUGAUGCUCAUUGAAUCGAGUUUGGAGGAAAAAUUGACUUGUGUGAGUGGCGGCAUGUUGCUAGUGCCGGACUUGAUGUUAAAAGCUUUUUGGGGUCCAGGAAUUUACCACAGAAACCGGACCCACUCAAUUGGAUGUGGAAUGUGGCCGUGAGAUGCUGCACGUGCUGAAUGACUCCUGAAUUUUCAAACAGUGUUUUGACUCUAAGGGAUGGCAGCCCAGGAAGGACUAAGGCCCAAGGGACAGGGUUCUGUGAAUGUAAACAGAGGAUAAGGACCCCCCCUUGCUUUGGGCUCCCCUACACACAUACACCCACCUGUGUUCCUCACAGUAGGGCAGGGUAUCCCUAAAUUGGUGGAUAAUCUUAUUUUACUACUGGGUUGCAUGCCUUUUUGGGUUGGGGGGCGGGAAGGGAGGGUGAGGAAGGUCAUCAUGGAGGAGUCCCACCUCAGGAGUACCCUGCUCCAUGUAGCCUCCUUCCCAUUCCUUUGGGCCAAGAAGGAAAGCCUUGUUACAUGAUAGGUGUGCUCCACAGCAGCCUUCCAGAUCCCACAUGUUACCAGUUAGGGCCCAUCCUCUCAAUACCAACUCAGCCCAGAGCCCCCUCUCCCUGGCCCAGGAGCCUUGCUGCUCUGCCAUCACUUUUGGGAGAAGCGUGAAUGUGUGUGGGUGAUUUGCCUAAGUCUAAAUUUAAGAAAAAGAAAAAAAAGAAAUAUUUAAACAUUUUUUUAACAAAAUAAAAUUUAUUUUUAUAUUUAAGCUAAAUUGCCUUUUGAAUUCCUUCAAGCUUGGUUCAUUGAAGCUGUGAGAAAGUACAAAGCUGUUGUCCAGAAAUUAGCUGAACAGUGUGAGAUCUGGGGGAGGAGGGAGCCUGACUGCCUGGGGGAGGAAGGGCUCACUCAGACUCCCUUUUCACCCAGGGAAUCGUUACGUAAAAUGUACUUAAUUCCUUUCUAAUAAUGUGAUGUAUGUGAAUGUGGCUAGGGCAAGGUUUCCCACCUGUGAUAGCAGCUCUGGUGGUGGGAGAGGGGCAUUGGAAGGGCUCUCAAGACUCUGUCUCAGCUACUGCUCAGUUCCACUCGGACCCGGGGGGAAAGCUGAAUCAGGUCAAACCAGCCUUCCAGAGGCAGUGGUGGCAGCCAGAAGCCUGUAGUUACCAAGACAGCCCAGAGAUCUGCCCACACCCACCCAGCUCGCGGCCUCAGCCCUGUGCGGGUAUGCGCACGAGACCGGACAGGAAUGGGAGACAAACUUUCCGUAAGACACUGUUCCUGUUGAGUCUGGUGGGAAUUUAGUGUGAAUGUGCAAUUUUUUUUCCUUGCUUCUUAUAAUGUCAUUGAUUUUAAAAAUAAACAAAACUGUGAUCUCCA